GCCAAACAGACAGCGGAGAGAGCCAACUGCAUCUAUCAUCUUGAAGCCAUUAGACCAAUUGCAGGGUGGCAGGGGAGGGAGGUCUCUGUUUGCAGCAUCCCUGGAGCAGCCCCUGUUGUGUGAAAUACAAGAAAGGGCAAGACGGGGAGGAAACGAGCGAGGAGGCAACCGGAGAACGGGAAGGGGAUCUAUUGGAGGCUGCCGGGAUAGGGUUACUCUGGUGUGUGGAGUCCAUCUUCACAGAAACACGGCUGUUUGGUCCAUGUAAACAGCCUGUGCAGUACCUAUAUUGCUAAAGGGGGAAGCAAACGAGGAGGGGCAGCCGUUGGAGAAAAUGCUGCCUCUUCCAAUGAAAUUUUCCCCUCUCUUGCUACCCCGGCCUGUCGCAGAUCACCUCUGAAGUCAUGCUUGUUGUAUAUUAAGAUCAUAUGGCCAAAGCCUUAUUAAUGCCUCAGCAGACCCCAAACCAGAGGGAGGACACCUGUGUUGACCAUGAGCCGCACUAGAAGCUGAGCGACACAUCAGCAUUCACACAGAGAUUGAAACUACAUCCUUCAGUUCAAGCCGUUACACCUGACCAUGGCUGUGACUGCAGCUGAGACAACUACAAGUUUACUUUCCACAACUGCCACGACCACCCCACUUUCCUUUCUCUCGACGAGAAGCGCCAGAGACAAUGUCACCUCCAGAAUGUCAUUAAUGACUGUUACUAUAACAACAAACGAGACCAGCUUCAAUGCCACCACGUUUCCGAAGGCGGUGAUUGAGGGCUCGGGAAUGGGAAUGGUGCUCGUGCCCUUUGGCAUCAUCACUGUCAUUGGCUUGGCUGUGGCAAUUAUGCUGUAUAUUCGGAAACGGAAGCGGUUGGAGAAGCUGAGGCACCAGCUCAUGCCCAUGUACAACUUUGACCCGGCUGAAGAACAAGACGACCUGCUGGAACAGGAACUACUGGACCACGGCCGGGAAGGCAGCAUCACAGGUCCCAAUGCGAAGUUUUGACAAUGACAUAAUGGUAACAGGAAAACAUGACUCUCACAACCUCCCAGGGGACCAUGCAGAGGCCCAGUCGUCUGGUCUUCACAGAUGUAGCCAAAGCUCUCAACGCUUAACAGCUCUCUUCCAUUAGUUGGUUCAUUGAUAUAGAGACUGUCUCUCAGGAAGGAAAACAAAGGGACAACUGGACUAUUUUUUCAACAACUGGAGCUUUGGUGAAUGUUUUCCUCACUAGGACACAGUACCUGAAAUGGGUGUGCUUUUCAAC